AUGGCGUCACGCCCAUGCCGAUGCCGCCGCCUCGCCAUCGCGCCGGCCGACUGCCUCGGAGAUCCACACCGCCCUCCACGCUGCCACAAGCUGUCAUCGCUGGCUUGCCGUCACCGAGGGUGGCCACCCCCGGCCGCAGCUCCACUACGCCGCCACACCCUACGGGUGCAGCCCCACCGCCUCUACACAGCUCCAGCCCCGGCGCAGCUCGACGCUGGCUUCACCUCCCCGGGAUGUCACACAGGCAUCGCCGAGGGGUGGCCACUGUGCAGUGCUGCCCGUCAGAUCCAGCGGUUAGCAAGCUGGAUCUGCCCACGGCCGGGCUGGAUACGCGCCAUCGUCGCCCUGGUGUGCCAUCCAGUCAAGGCCACCAUGCGCCGUCCGGCCCCGGCACAGGGGGCGUACCGGCUGACUUGCCCCGCCGUCGCCUUCCUCGCCGGCCGCCGGGCUUCUAGAGCAAAGAAGGCUGCAGCUGCUUUGCCUUCUUCCUCAGUUUCUGAAAUAGUGGCGGAAGAGGAACCUCAAGUGCAAGAGGGAGUAACUGAAGAAACUGUAAACCCUGUUCCAUCUCCUCCGCCACCGCCACCGCCACCGCCACCGCCAGUAGACAACAAAUGUAAGGGCAAGGGAGCAGAUAAAUUUAUUUUGGAUGGUUGGAGAAAUUGGAAUAUAGGGGAAAAGGCACUUUUGAAGCAUGUGGGUUCUAGUGCGCACAAUGCAGCUCAAGAUAGCUAUACUUGCUUUGUAAUUCCUAAGGUCGCAAUUGAUUAUCACAUUGAGAAGUGGAGUGAAGAGGAUCUUCGUCUUUACAAGAUCAGGUCGACCUAUUCACUUCGAUGUUUGAAGUUUCUUUUGCAUCAAGGAUUGGCAUUUCGUGGACACAAUGAAAGUGAGGAGUCUAACAACGGAGGGAAUUUUAUUGAACUUUUGAAAUUUCUUGCAUCAAACAGUGAAGAGGUAAACAAAUAUGUUUUGAAGAAUGCUCCGGGUAAUUGUACUUUAACUAGCCCAAAGAUACAAAAGCAGAUUAGUCAAUGUUGUGCCAUAGAAACUAGAAAGAAAAUAAUGGAAGAACUCGGAGAUGAGCCAUAUGCAAUAUUAGCUGAUGAGACUAGUGACAUAUCAAAUAAAGAACAACUAGCACUUUGCUUGCGUUAUGUUGAUAAAUUGGGAAGGCCAUGUGAGCGCUUCAUUGGAGUUAUUCAUGUGGAUGAUACUACCUCUUUAUCACUUAAGGAAGCAAUUGAAACUCUACUUGUUAGACAUGGAUUGACUAUGGCUCAAAUCCGCAGUCAAGGUUAUGAUGGGGCUAGUAACAUGAAAGGAGAUAUUAAAGGGCUGAAAACAUUGAUCAUGCAAGUGUCACCUUCUGCUUCUUAUAUACAUUGCUUUGCACAUCAACUCCAGCUAGUACUUGUUGCUGUUGCCAAGGGGAAUACUGAUUGUGUGGCAUUCUUUGAUCAAAUAUCUGUCUUAUUGAAUAUUAUUGGGGUUUCUUGCAAGCGUCAUGACAUGCUUCUAAAUGCUAGACUUGAGAAUAUCAUGAAAGCAUUAGAGUGUGGUGAACUUGAAACUGGAAGUGGAUUAAAUCAAGAGAUGGGGUUGCCUAGAAGAGAAGUAUAUAUUGGUGUCAUUGAUCAAAUUAUUCAAGAGCUUAAUAAUCGGUUUGAUGAUGUUAAUAUGGAGUUGCUUUCUUGUAUGGCGGUCUUCAAUCCAUCUGAUUCAUUUGCUUCUUUUGAUGCACAGAAGAUACGCAGACUAGCUGAAUUCUACCCUAAUGAUAUCUCCGGUAAUGAUUUGAUAAAGCUUGAAUUGCAACUUGACAAUUAUAUUGAUGACAUGAGACAAGACGAUAAUUUCAAAGGCAUAUGUAAUCUUGUUGACCUGUCAGUUAAGCUUGUUGAAGCAAAAAUGCACAUCGUGUAUGAUAUGGUCUACUUGCUUCUUAAAUUGGCAUUACUUCUACCGGUGGCGACAACAAGUGUUGAGGGAGUAUUUUCUGCAUUGUCUCUAGUCAAAACAAAGUUAAGAAAUAAGAUGGGUGAUAGUCUUUUGGAUGAUUGUCUAGUCACAUUCAUUGAGCGGAAUAUGUUCUUCAAAGUGGAUGAAGAUGAUAUAAUUGAAACUUUUAUGGCACACAGAAAGCGUAGACCUGACAAAUAG